AAUAAAUGCUUACAGUAGUUCUGGCUUUAAUAGUAACACAUGGAAAAACUGCACUUUUUUAUGUUAUUUUAAAAAGCUAUAGAUAACAGAGAAACUGGUUGUUCUGCAGGGCACGGUGGCAAAGUGAAUGGUACUGUCACCUCACCACAAAUUAAGUGCAGAACUGCAACAACAACAAAAAUUACAAUCAUCAUGGCAAAUAAAACCUUUGUGAACGACGAUAGUAGUACAUAAUACUGUGUACUCAUGGAUGUAUGUCCACAGAUGCAGCUGGCAGCGACACAGAGUAAAUUCCAGCAGAGAAUCCAGGAGAGAGAAAAGGAUCUGCAGGAUCUGAGACAGGCUGUGCAGUCACUCAAGCGCUCUGCACAUGCAGCAGUGGAAGACAGUGAGAGGAUCUUUACUGAGCUUAUCCGCUCCAUUGAAAGAAGGUGCUCUGAGGUGAAAGAGAUGAUCAGAGAUCAGGAGAAGUCUGCAGUGAGUCGGGCUGAAGGACUCCUGGAGCGACUGGAGCAGGAGAUUGCUGAGCUGAAGAGGAGAGAUGCUGAGCUGGAGCAGCUUUCAACCACAGAGGAUCACAUCCACUUUCUCCAGAGAUCUAAGCCUCUCUGUGUCCCUCCUGGACUUGGAAACCUACCAAUCAGAACAAGCAACCCAUAUUUCUCCUUUGAGACUGUGAGGAAAUGUGUCUCUGAGCUGAAAGAGCAACUGGAGGAUGUCUGCAGAAGGGAAAUAUCUAAGAUCUCCAAGGCAGACAGAGCAGUGGGCAUUUAUGGCUGCUUUACUGAGACCAGGGAGCCCUCAGUAGCCAGUGCCUCAGCAGCUGAAGUGGAGGCCUGUCCCCUCUGCAUGGAGCCCUUGCAGAAGAAACAGAGGCUGACAUGUACUCAUGCCUUCUGCGCAGCCUGCUUGAAAAAAUCUGUGGAAAGCCUUGGUCUUCAGUGUCCAGUGUGUCUAAAAGCACUCAGAGUGCUGGGAGACCAGCCAUGGGUACAUAGGUAUAGCUUUACACAUGACUAUACAUCAUGCUGCAUUACAUACAUUAUUCCCAAUGGAAUACAGACGGAGGCCCAUCCCAACCCAGGAAAGCCCUUUACUGGAAUCAAUACACAGGCCUGGUUACCAAAAAGCCAACAGGGUCAGGAGGUGCUGAAGCUGCUGGAAAGAGCCUUUGACCAGAAGAUGGUUUUUACUGUGGCUGCAACCGAUGGCGCUGAAGACAGAGUCGCCUUCACUGACAUCCCCCGUGCAAGAAACUCGAGUGAGUGCAGAAAGCCUGGUUUCCUGCAGGAAGUGAAGGCGGCGCUCAGAGCCAAAUUCAUUGAAUGAUUGGAUGAACAGAGACGUCAGAUCCUCAGCACAGCACCACCAAAUGGACAAGAAGGGAAACACUCUGAAGAUCACCACAUUUCAAAGAUGGACACGCAAUAGAUAGACAUUAGAAACGGAGAGGAACCAGCCAGUUGACCCUUGCCGUUUAUGAAGUCAGAAAGCAGAAUGAUAACUGAAGAUAGUGGCAGGUCACUGCUUUAGAAACACAUAUGUGAUAAAUCUACUCAAUCCUGAUGGAUCUAAUUCUGCUGACUCUCUCAUAGACUCUUAUGCCGUGUGCUCCCCUGUGCCUUUGUUUGCAGUAGCUGUGUUGGGUCUUCAUUAAUGAUGUCAUACAA